GGUAGCCUUACAUACUCGUAGCCGAACUUCAUACUCCAGCACAUGGAGAAAACACUUGUACUCAUCGGACAGAACUUCGCUAUUCACGCACACAAUCCAAUAGUCACCAAAAAAGACGAGAUUUCUGAACAAAGCUAGGACACUUUCAAGAUGCCAGAACUAUUUGACCACGAUGGCAAGCCUGCCGCCCACCACAUGGCACGCGUCAAUAACAUUCGAAUGCACUACAUCACAGCCGGCUCAGGACCGCCCCUUGUCCUCCUCCAUGGCACACCAAAGAAUCACUACUACUGGUACCGUAUCCUACCCUACCUGACUCCACACUUCAGCGUUAUCGCCCCUGAUUUGCGUGGCUUCGGCGCCACAGACAAACCCCCUGCCAGCGAUGGCUACGAUGGCCGUAUCAACGCCCAGGAUAUGGUGGAACUCAUGGAUCAGCUGGGUUACAAGCAAUUCUCCAUCCACUGCGAAGACCGCGGCGCGACCUUUGGCUUCUGCACCGCCGGACUGCACCGGGACCGCGUCACGCACCUGAGUUUCUGUGAGAUGAUGCUCUCAAAGCAACUGACGGAGCAAUCGUUCUUCACGCGCGAGAAUAUCGAGGCACAGUACAACCAAACCGGUGUUUGGAACUGGCAUAUCCCGUUCUUGUGGAUGCCGCAUAUGGCUGAGAUGCUGAUUACAGGGAAGGAGAGGGAAUUUUGGACGUACUUCAUGAAGGCGGAGUGCUACAAUCCGAGUGCACUAGAUCAAGAGGCUGUUGAUGAGUGGAUACGGUGCUCGCAGAGUCCGGGUGGGCUGAGGGGGAUAUUGGAAACAUAUCGUGCACAUUGGGCGAAUGUAGAUGUUGAGCAGGAGAUUAUGGAUGAGGGGAAGCUGGACUGCAAGGUCAUGACUGUUGGCGCACCCGAGUAGGUUUCCACGAUCCAUGGCAAGGAUCUUGCUGACAUUGUUCAGGUUCUUCGGCCCGCUCGUUGAAGAACAGAUGCGAGGUACAGCAAAUAACGUCGUCAUUUCUGAGAUUUUCGAAAAGUGCGGUCAUAG